CAGCCAUGAUGUUGUGACAAGCACCCCUUGGACUUGCCCGCUCGCUGCGCGCGUUUCACGCACUCGAUACGGUUCCGUGGGGAGGAGGCGCCGCGCUGUCAUGGCGAUGUGCUGUGUCCAGCCUGCGCUUCCGCAUCUCUUUAGCUGAGCAAUGUCUGCAAAGACCACCGCCCAUCGAGUGACCCCGAUCCCGAGCUAACGACUACCGUUCCCAAAAUACGCGAGUACCUGACGGGAACCUGCUUGCUGAACGCUUAUGAAUCCAUCGCUUCCGCCUGCUGCGUCAUCCCAGAUGAACUGCUCAAGAGAAACGAGAUGAUAAGAACACUAACUAAAAGAUUAAAGUUCUUAGAAUCUCAGCAGAAUGACCGAAGGACAACUCUUGAAAGCACUCAACAGAAGCUUAAAGAGUUGUCUCAAAAAGCGGCAGAUACAACACUUCAUUGUCAGGUCCUGGAGGAGAAAAAUCAGAGCCUCAACUGCUCAGUAUUGGAGCUGUCAGCUAAAAUUGGCCAGUUACAGGCUAGAGAACAGGAGCUUGUUACUAUGCUAAAGCUAAAGGACAAAGAUAUACUUGAAGCAGGCAAUUACAUUGCUGAAUUUACAUCCAAAUUUAAAAAGCUGGAGAAUGCAUUGCGUGCAGCAAAGGCAAAGGAAUCUAGUAUCAACAAAGAAAAGCAGGAUUUCAAGCUGAGCCUGAAAGAACUGAUGUUGGAAAUGAGUAAAUUGAAAGAGGACCUCAGUGAGAAAACGAAAGAAAAUAAUGAGCAGCGGGAAGAAAUCAUACGCCUCAAACAGGAGAAUGGCUACCUGAAGAAUGAGCUAAUGCUUAGCGUUGAGAAAGCAAACAGGAAGGAUCAGCUUCUUCAGUUUGCCAAGUCCAAACAAGUACGGACCGAUACAGAGCUGUCCAGUUUGCGGCAGAUCUAUGUAAAGCAGCAGCAUGAUUUGCAGUUUCUUCAUUUCAACUUGGAGAGUUCACAGGAAUUAAGGCAGAAACAUGAGAGAGAGGCAUGUGAAACAAGCAGACCAUUAUCAGCAGACCUCGAAAGUAACUACGAGGAGGAGACAGUUAGGAGUGAGGGCCUGACUCAGAAGAUGCCUAAGGAAUACAGAACUACAGAGGCACAGAAAAGCAGGCUAAGAACCAUCUGUAAUGUGUGCCGACCAGAAAAGGUGGUGGAUGUGUCAGCCAUAGAAGAAAGUAUCUCAGCAAGCUUACAUAGCCUUCAGAAAGGCUUAUUAGAGAGGCAGAAAGCUCUGUUUGUGGAGGAGGAGGAAAAGCAGGAUACUUCAUCUAGGAGUGAUGAGCCAGAGAGCAGAACUGUGUCCGGCACCGACAGUACAAGGCCAGGGAGAAGCAAGGACAAACUUCAUACUUCACAAGAUAGGUUUUUUAGAGGAAACCAGCAAACCUUUGAGGCCCGUCUACCUGUACAUGAGCACUGGCUUGACUUGAGUUCCUGUUUGGUUUCUUUAAGUGCUUUGACCCAGCAUGCCAGCAAAUCUGACAAAACUGAUUUUGAAUGUAAAGGUCAGAAAGAUACAGCUGGAAUUUCAUGUGGCUCAAAAAGCAACGAGUCUCUUAGUACAGUGGACAUGUUUGAAUCUGGCUGCUAUCAUACAAACUCUGAUGUAGAUAAAGCUACCUGGUGUGAGCCAGUAACAGAUCUGGAAUGGAUACAGAUUUUCAAACCCAUAAAAGAUGAUGGAAAUGUAUGGCACAGGUCUGUUUGCGACUCUCCCAAGAUUGCACCUGAGAUACAAAGUACCAGCCUAAAAAGGUUACCUAUUUCUUUGUAUUUAAAAACUAAGCUACAGCUGUACUUUCAUGGAAAUCAGACAGGCCACUUGAUAACUUGUGUCUUUCCAAUACAGUCUUUAAAAUCAUUAGUUUUACAGCAAGACACUCAGCUUGAACCCUUGUAAGUUUAAAAUAAAUAAAGAAAUGCUCCAGGUAUCGAGAGGAAGAUAGAGAUUUUUAAUGUAUCUUUUGGGCAUAGAGAUUCUGGCUGUUGAACCUGUCAUAGGGCAGCAAUUUGUGCAUGAGCGUGGUGUUUUAAGAUGGCGAGAAAACAACCCUAAUUUCUGUAGACACCUUUUAUUGCUACUUUACUGCUUUUCAGCUGACAGCUCAAGGAGUGGCUGAACCAAAGAUAGACACAGCUUGCUACUUGGGCCGCUUCAAUUCAAGCCAUAUUACUGAAGGAAGGAAAGGGAAAUGACUUGUAGGUUUAAAAAUAAGUGCAAAAGAAGGUUAAUUUUGUAGAGCUCCCUCAGCACUCUCUUCGUUAGUUGUCUGCCACCUGUUUUUGAGAAGGCGGUGUUUACAUUAGGAAAAAUGGAGAUAAUAACAGAGGUGAGAGAGACCUGCACAGAAACUAGGUGAAUGGGCAACGAUUUGAAAAGGAAUGCUGCUCUGGAGCAUUCCUGCAUAGUUUAUCUUGGUGUUUGUAUACAGACUGUUUAAUUUUGGUUGGUGUUAUUUUGCACCAUCCAUUAACAGCUUUUCUUCAGUUGAGGCCCAGCCAGUGGACAGGCAAGCAAGUCAGUGAAUGCUCAAAGCCAUCUUCUGCCGUGAAACCAUCCCCUGUACACCCAGUGCUGUCUAUUUUACAAAUUUGUAUCAACCGUCUGUUGGACUCUUGAAGGGCACCUUGGGUUACCACCAUCUCCCCUGGUGUGGAUUUGCUGUUGUAUGGGACCUUCUGGUAGAGCUCACACAGGCCAAAUAUAACAUUUGUUCAGGGCUUGAGUCUGAUUUCAGUAGUCUCCAGGUGCUGCCUUCACAGUGCAGGUGAUUGUAUUUUGUAUGCAUAGGGGAGGUUCUAGUGUCUUAUGCACCACAGACCAGCUGGCAUUUUUGGCUUGAGUUAUUGCUAAUUUUCUUUUUAAUAAUUGACAACAAAGAUCUUGGCUCAGCUGGUGAUGUGCUGUGCCUUACCCCACAAGCGACUGUGAAACAUGGGAUUGGUGGAGCUGGAAGGAUAUUAUCUUCUGUACAAUGACCUCAUUUCUGCUGUGCAGACAAUUGCUUUGUUGUGUGGAAUGGAUGUUAAUGCAGGUUUAAUGACCAUUUAUGACUGAAAUCAGAGCAUUGGAAUGAUGACAGUUGACUGUACUGUCAUAACUGGCCUACCUCCUUGCUGGUUUGGAAAGGGCCAAGUUGUGUCUUGGUUCAAAGCACCUCCCAAAAUCAGAUCUAUUUAUGUCCUUUUCCCCCUCUCCCAACUGCGUCUUCCUAAAAGCUGUUCAGAUC